GGGCGGCGGGGGCGGGGCCGGGGUGGUGCCAGGCUGCAGCGGGCCGGGCAAGAUGGCUGCCGUAGAGGCCGAGACGGGGCUGCUGACCCUGGAGUCGCUGCCCACCGACCCUCUGCUGCUCAUCUUAUCCUUCGUGGACUACAGGGACCUAAUCAAUUGUUGCUAUGUUAGUCGAAGACUUAGCCAGCUAUCAACUCAUGAUCCACUGUGGAGAAGACAUUGCAAAAAAUACUGGCUGAUAUCUGAGGAAGAGAAAGCCCGGAAGAAUCAGUGCUGGAAAUCUCUCUUCAUAGAUACUUACUCAGAUGUGGGGAGAUACAUUGACCAUUAUGCUGCUAUUAAAAAGGCCUGGGAUGACCUCAAGAAGUACUUGGAGCCCAGGUGUCCUCGGAUGGUUUUGUCUCUGAAAGAGGGUGCACGUGAGGAAGACCUGGAUGCCGUCGAAGCUCAGAUCGGUUGCAAGCUCCCGGACGAUUAUCGCUGUUCAUACCGGAUCCACAACGGGCAAAAGUUAGUGGUGCCGGGGUUGCUGGGAAGUAUGGCACUGUCCAAUCACUACCGCUCUGAAGAUCUACUAGAUGUUGAUACUGCUGCAGGAGGAUUUCAGCAGAGACAGGGACUGAAAUACUGUCUCCCUUUAACCUUUUGCAUACACACUGGCUUGAGUCAAUACAUAGCUGUGGAAGCUGCAGAGGGGCGGAAUAAGAACGAAGUGUUCUACCAAUGUCCCGACCAAAUGGCUCGGAAUCCUGCUGCUAUUGACAUGUUUAUCAUAGGUGCUACUUUUACUGACUGGUUUACAUCCUAUGUCAACAAUGUUGUAUCAGGUGGUUUCCCCAUCAUCAGAGACCAGAUUUUCAGAUAUAUUCAUGAUCCAGAGUGUGUGGCAACAACUGGAGAUAUUACAGUUUCAGUGUCCACAUCAUUUCUGCCAGAACUCAGCUCUGUGCAUCCACCACACUAUUUCUUCACAUACCGAAUCAGGAUUGAAAUGUCAAGGGAUGCUCUUCCUGAGAAGGCCUGUCAGUUGGACAGUCGCUACUGGAGGAUAACAAACGCUAAAGGGGAUGUGGAAGAAGUCCAGGGACCUGGAGUAGUCGGUGAAUUUCCAAUUAUUAGCCCAGGUCGGAUAUAUGAAUACACAAGCUGCACCACAUUUUCUACAACAUCAGGCUACAUGGAAGGGUAUUACACCUUCCAUUUUCUGUACUUUAAGGACAAGGUCUUUAAUGUUGCCAUCCCCCGAUUCCACAUGGCAUGUCCAACAUUCAGGGUGUCUAUAGCCCGAUUGGAAAUGGGUCCUGAUGAAUAUGAAGAGAUGGAGGAGGAAGCUGAGGAGGAGGAGGAGGAAGAAAAUGAUGACUCGGCAGACAUGGACGAAUCCGAUGAAUCAGAUGCGGAUGAGAAUGAGUCAGAUGAGGGUGAAGGGGAGGAGAGGCGGAGGAGGGUCUUUGAUGUUCCCAUUCGCAGACGCCGCUGCUCUCGUCUGUUUUAGCUGCUGCUGAAGGAAGCUCUGGGAUGACUCUGUUCUGUUAAAUAGUUUUGUCAAUAAUGUAAAUAAUUGUGCUCAGCAUAUAGCAGGAGACUAGCAUGAAAUGUUGUUCCAGACCUAGGCUCUACAUGACACUACAUUAGGAGUUGGAGCUCUUUGCUUUAUUUUGUGCUUGUAGGUAGAGGAACAAAUGGGAAUUGUUUGUUUUCUCUUCCAGGGGUCAAUGGGAGAGCAGUUCUCUAGCUAAAGAACAGGCGUUCCUUUGUUUAAAAAUAUUUUCUACUUAAAAACAAAACACAGAGGUGAAGGGAAAAUUGUUUUGGAUGAGGAUUUUAUAUGUGACAAAAAUACCCACCCAAGGGCAGAAAGAGACUACAGGACUGACUGUGCGAAGACCCCUUUAGUUGUUUAGAAACUAACAAAAUUUAUACUUAGCUUAAUCCACUUCAUGGUUGUUAAUAUUUUAUACUCAUGGGGAACUAAAUGGCUAAGUUCAGUAGGGAUAGUUUGCCCUUACUUAGACAAUCUCUCCUUGCAUUAAUCUUUGUCACACCGACCUGAGUUGCAAAUUUUUAUCAUUACUUUUAAUUUAAAGUCUUCAACAUAACUUCGGGCUUUAAAAGUUAAAGUUCUUACGCUAUGACCGUUCUCACAUUAUUUACAGAUUCAUCAUUUUAAAUGUAGUUUGUAAAAGUACGUAGAGUGUUGUUAAAGAUUCUUCAUGAUGUCUCAUGUAGUCUAAAUUUGUAAAUAUGCUUUCUGUUUUGUUUCUUUAUACAUUUUUGUGGUAAGUGAUCUGAAUUUUAUGUUAGGAUUAGGAUAUUUUCGUGAAACAUGGAUUUUUUUUUUGUAAUUAUAUAAUUGAGAGUUUGGAAUGAAAUCCUUCAAGUGUCAAAAACCCCUAUUUUGAAACGUUUUUGUGUAAGUGCCUAUUUCCCGUAGAUAGUAUUGAGCUUUUGUUCUUAAGCUGGAAGGUGGCCAUGGUGCUUGCUGGCUCACAGCCUGAGUAUAGCUGGUCCACUCAAGAGCUGACUGCUGACUUUGCUUUCGCUCUUCUGCUCUCCACCAAUAUUCCUCUAAAACAGUUCAGUCCUGGAGAAAAUGAGAGUGCCAUACUCAGGUUUAAGUGCCUGCUCUCCGGUAUCGGGAGCAAACUUGCCCUUUUAUGAAGACAGAUCAGAAUAUUCCAAGUCAUUUUCCUACUUAUUUUUCAUAAAAGAGUACAAUCACAUGGCGUUUCAACAGAAGCCCGUGGCAGCCUCAUCUUCUGUAUACCACAUCUGUUGAAUGUAUUAUUUUUCUCUUGUGCUUGAUUAAAUCUCAUUUUUUUUGUUUGUUA